GGGGGGGGAAGGGAUCCCGGGGGGGGGGGGGCAGCACCCCCGGGACGGCCGGUGGGGUCCCCGCCGUGUGCCGCGGGGAGGUCAGUGCGGGGCAGGGCGCGGGGGGCCGCGGGGCGCACGUGUGGCUCCGGCGAGGCUCCGGCCCCCCGCGGCCAUGCAGCGGAUCCGCGAACGGACCAAGCUGCUGCUGCUGGAGAUCGACACGGUGGCGUGUUGCAGCCCCCCCCGGCACCGCGAUGGCAGCGGGGUGCGGGCCCGCGCCCCCAUGGACCUACCGCCGCAUCGCCGGGGAGUACGCGUACCUGGAGCAGCGCUUCGUGGCCGAGCUGGCCCCCCCCUGGCCCCCCGCUCGCCCCUAUCACCUCCAGGACUUCGCCUCCCGGCCCCCCCCCGGCUGUGAGACCCGGCCCCGGGCACCCCCUACCCGCUGUCCCCCCGACGGGUCACGGGGCUGGCCCCCACCGUGCGCACCCCGUGCCCCGGUGCCGGGGGCCAGGCCGGGCCCCCCCAGCUACGAGGCCCACAUGCAGCGGGUGCAGGCGGCCCACGCGCGCCGGGGGGGGCCCCCCCCCCUACAUCUCGCCCCCUGCUUACGACGCUCCUCACCGCACCCUGCAGCUCCGGCCCCCCCGGGCACCGCGCAGCCCCCCACGGCCACCGCGGAGCCGGGGGGCUGUGCCGGGGUGCUGGAGCCACACGCUGCCCCGGGCGGCCACUGAGGCCCGGCUCGGGCGCCCCCGCGGGACGCCGCCAUCCCCGGGGGGGGCCGGCACCCCCCGGCACAGCCAGACGCUGCCGCGGGCCGCGGGCAGCCGGGCCCGGGCCCCGGGGGGCAGCAGAGGGCGGCGGGAGACGGGGGGCCACGUCCUCAUCGACGCCACCCGCGUGGUGGUCCGGGCCCAGUACGUGCCCCCCCUCCAGCGGCAGCAGGUCCGGUACAUGGGGGGGUCCCCAGGGCCCGCCGCCCCCCCCCGGGCAGCCCUCCUGCAGCCCCCGGGGCUGUCACCCCCCCGGCUGCCCCCUCGCCGCCCCGGGAGCCCCCCCGCAGCCCCUGGCGCAGCCCGGGAGGGUGCGGGGGCCCCCGGGGCCGGUUCGCCCCGCGGCGGCCAGUGCUGUAUGCGCAGGCGCUGCGUGAGGCCGUGUCCCGCAUCCGGCGGCACACGGCGCCCGACUCUGACUCCGAGGCCGAAGGGGGCCCGGGGGGGUCCCGGUGGCGGCACUGCCGGGACCCCCAGGCCUACAGCAGCAGCAGCAGCAGCCUGGAGAGCACCGGGGCCCCCCCGGGCACCGCCAGCCCGCCCUGGGCCUGAGCGGCGGGGCUUGGCGGGGUGUGGCUCGAUGGGGCGGGGCUUAGCGGGGUGUGGCUCGAUGGGGCGGGGCUUGGGGCUGACCCCAAUAAAGGCUGCGGGAUCCCUA